CGCCAGCUGCCGCACGUCAUGAUUCUACCCCAGAAUAACUCGACAGAAGAUGAAGAGGAUUUACCAGAGGACGCUUUGUCAUUACUAUCACUGCUAUUCGUCGGUUUCCUCCUAUUCGUCUUGAUAUUUCUAUCAGUAGCAGGCAAUGUACUUGUGUGUGUUGCAAUUUAUACAGACCGUGGACUUAGACGAAUAGGAAACCUUUUCCUGGCCUCCUUAGCAAUAGCCGACCUCUUUGUGGGUUGUUUGGUGAUGACUUUCGCCGGUGUGAAUGAUCUCCUAGGUUAUUGGAUGUUUGGACCAAGAUUUUGCGAUACGUGGAUCGCAUUCGAUGUCAUGUGUAGCACUGCCUCGAUACUGAAUUUGUGUGCAAUCUCUCUGGAUCGGUAUAUUCAUAUCAAGGAUCCUUUGAGGUACGGUCGUUGGGUAACGAGAAGGAUCGCCGUAGCGAGUAUUGCAGUUGUUUGGCUUCUAGCUGGAACAGUUUCAUUUGUCCCUAUCAGCUUAGGACUUCACAAAAGUCAAGAUUCAAAAAACUCAUCUCUAACCUACGACGAUGGGACACAGGAAUUCCCGACGUGUGCUUUGGAUCUAUCACCAACUUAUGCCGUCGUAUCAUCGUGCAUAUCCUUCUACGUCCCUUGCAUCGUAAUGGUCAGCAUCUACUGCAGACUUUACUGUUAUGCUCAGAAACACGUAAAAAGUAUACGUGCUGUAACCAAACUCCCUCAACCAUCACUGGCAAAGAGUUUUCGUGUUAAAAGUACACGAAAGCUUCAACAAACAAAGACUAAACCACCAGCAAAGACGAAGCCAACGAGUCCUUAUCAUGUUUCUGAUCAUAAAGCAGCAAUAACUGUAGGUGUUAUUAUGGGUGUCUUUCUCAUAUGUUGGGUACCUUUUUUUUGCGUCAACAUUGUUGCCUCAUUCUGUAAAACUUGCAUUCCCGACCGAGCUUUUCAGGUUCUCACCUGGCUCGGUUAUAGCAACUCGGCCUUUAACCCAAUAAUCUACAGCAUUUUCAACACUGAAUUUCGCGAGGCAUUCAAACGCAUUCUCACAAAAGGCGCGAGAGCACGAGGAAAUCAACCAUCAACUAGUGAAUGUGGUGAAUUUCGUUCAGUAAUCGUUCAAAAGAGGAAUGGAUCAAUCGUUGAAUGUAAUAUCAGUCAUAGGUCAAGUGCUGACAGUUGUCAAGUAGGACAGGUUGGUAAACAACACCGGGAUACAAUUGUGAGCGCAAUAUAGAUAGUCUCAGGUCAAAGUUGUCCAUUCACUAGCGAUUAUGUCAACGACAAUCAUCUUGCUGAAGACAUAUCUUAGGUCUUAACUUUAUUGGAUGUAUGAUGGAAGGUUGAAAUGAUCCUAAGGACAUUUAUACACUUGUAAGAAAGGGAUAAAAAAAUAAUAAAAAAUAUAACAAAAAAAACAUGGAGAAUAUAAGUGAAAGAUAUUAAAUAAGGAUUUAAAAGAUAAUGACUUUGUGUCCAAGUCUUUGUCAAGUGGUCGAAUUCAAUCAUCUUUCUCAUCUUGUAAAUGAUCAUUUAUUUAUUUUUCUAUUAAAGUUAUGAAGUCUAAAGUUAAAAACGGGUUAAGCGGAGGAUUUGAAACAGAAAAAUGACGAAAAAGUGAAUAAAAAAUAAUAAUAGUGUUGGGAUGUAUAAUUAUAACGCGUGCGCAAUAAUGUGAGCAAUAUUUAUGACACCUUGAAAUAUUAGCGCAGUUAAUCGAUAUUCAAUGAGUCGAGUAUUACUAUUAUUAAACAAAUAAUCAAGGUUCUCUCUUUUAUGUAAAUAUAUGAUUAUUAUACAUAUACAUAUGAAUUAUAUAUAUAUAAUAAUGUAUCGUAGGUUUUAAGUGGAAUAAUGUACACAUAAUUAAUGCAAAUGAGUCACUUUUUUUCAGUCUUCCCAAAGAGUUUUCUAACUGUUUGCACGAGAAUCUUCAUUAAAGCGUAUGCGGAUAAAUUUGAGUAACGGUUCAAGAAAAAUCCCAAUACAUUAGAAACUUUUUUAUUUUAUUUUGAUAAAGAAAAAUUUG